GGAAGACCCGCGCGGCUUCUCAUUGCCAGUCCAACUCGAGGGCCCGGCGUAAAAGGUCUGUCGGAAAAUAGUGCUGGUUGGAUAGUCGGAUGGCGCCUCAAGGUAUCAUUCCCACAGGCUGCUCACUCACGUGGAUCCGGCGGCAAGACUGAUCUUCUUAACACGCGCUAACGAGGACGAAGAACAAUAAUGAAGGUGCUCCUCGGAGUUGUGCUGCUCUUCGUCGGCCGAAGCUGUGCCUUCGAUAUUAACCUCUUGUCUAGAGACGUCUUCAAUGCCAAAUGUGAAAAUAGGACGUGUUUAGGAGAAAUCCAGUGUAGUGCCUUGAGUGAGUUGAGAGGCAAGUCUGAUACAGUCUUACUGGUGGAGCCGAUCAGUGCAACAACUAUUCCAUCACACGUGACUGGCAUCUCUACAGAAUCCAUUACCAAUGCUGAUAUCAAUUACACUUCAUCGCCAAUUGCUGAAGUUACGCCGUCAACAGAGGAGGCCACAAGGCAAAAAAGAAACGUUGAGACUGAAAAGUGCUUUUUGGUGUACAACGAAAAUUUAAUAGGAAAUGAAACUGACGCCAAUGAAAGUAAUGGUUCAAAGACAGUAAACUGGCAAGUGUGGUUGUACGGAUUUCUCUCCGUCGGAUUUAUCAGCUUGUCGGGCAUUUUCGGCGUCGUCUUUGUACCUCUGAUGAAAAAGAAAAUAUUUGAAGUUGUGCUGAGAUAUUUGGUGGGCCUCGGAAUCGGGGCUUUGAGCUCCACAGCGAUUUUCCAACUCAUUCCAGAGUGUUUUGAAAUUAUGGACAGGGACUACUUGUCUUCAUCAGUGGUCAUCUGGAUGACCAUUUGGGUGUUUUUUGUGUUUGAAAGCGUCUGCAAAAUAGUUCUUAAUGGAGUGGAAAGUCACCACGGCCACAGUCACUCGAACAGACGAGCGUCCGCUGAAAAAUCCAGCAGACCCAUCUACAAGCCGAAAAAUGAUAAUGCAGACAUAGAAGUGGACUGUUUUUUGCCCAAAUCAUUUGAAAAUGGAAAUGCCAAAGCCGAGGAAGAGUCAAAGUUUUUGGAAGUGCUUCCGGCCGGUAGUGCAAAAUUGAAUUCUGAAAACAAGAUGGCUUUUCACCACAGGAGUCACGAUUUCCUGGCUGAGCCGCCCAGAAAAGGCUCUGGCACACUGGCCUCAAUUUCCUCCGUCGCCUGGAUGAUCAUUUUGGGCGACGGAAUCCACAAUUUCAUCGACGGCGUUUCCAUCGGUGCUGGUUUCACUCAAAGUCCCCUCGCUGGCUGCAGCAUAAGUCUGGCCAUUAUUUUUGAAGAGUUCCCUCAUGAACUGGGUGAUUUUGCAAUAUUGAUCAGUUCUGGAAUGUCUGUGAAAAAGGCAUUGGCUUUCAACUUUGCGUCGGCCUGCACUGCUUUCCUCGGACUGGUUUUGGGAAUUUCACUUGAAUCGUUUCAAAUUAAUUCCUACAUUUUCGGUCUGGCUGGAGGUCUCUUCCUGUACAUCUCUUUAUCGGACUUGAUUCCGCAACUCAACAAUAUGCUCGACGAAGCUUUAGAAGAGGAAAAUGGAGGCAAAAUGAAAUCAACGUGGAUCCUCAUUCAACAAAAUCUCGGUAUUUUGACUGGGAUGGUGCUCAUCUAUUUGAUUACCAGAUUUGGUCACCUCAUACAAAUAGGCGAAUAAGAACACUGUAUUAUUAAUUUCUGUUUAAAACUUGCCAAUAAUGAUUUGUAUUUUUGAAAAAACCCAAUGAACUGAAGCGAAUGCUUUUAUGCAUAAAAUUUUGACGUGCCAUUAAACAACAAACAUAAUAUUUAAGAAACUGCAGUUUUUAAUUCUUUCACUCUAGUUGAGUUUUAUUUUAUUAGAAUUCACAACUUGUUAUGAUCACAAAAUGGUAAAAUCUGCAACUCGCAUUUUUUCAAUUCACAUUUUAUCACAGUCUUUAGCUUCAAGUAUCAAAUCAGAAAUCCAUGCACGGGUUCGGAUCACUAGUAAAUUUAUCCCAGAUCGCUGAUUGCCUUUGCGGAGUAAUGUGGUGUCCCGUAAAUCUAGAAAAAGUUAAUCAUUUAAUAAAGAACAGAUACACAAUUAUUAUAAAAAAAAAAUUGCAUAAAAAUUCAAAUUGUUUUCUAU